CUAUACAGCUGCUCUUCUUUAACUUCUUUUCAGAGCGUGCAGACCACUGCGCGGAUUCGUAUAUUUCUUUCAAGUCUGAAAUAUGAGACGCAGAAGUCAAACGUGUCAAAUAUGUCUUACAUGUUUGACUGUGAUUAUUUUGUCCCUCUCACUAAAUUAAUGCGUAAGUCUGUAACCUUGCUGAGUAGGCUACUUAGUGACGUCGAGCAUGCAGCGCUAGUACUUUCGAGUAGAGUUACCUGAGAGAAGGCGAGACGGACGCUGAGUUCACUGAAGUUAUAAAGCUUACGUUUGUGCUCGUUUUGAUACGGUUUGUGUCAGGAAAAGGUUCGAAGGAUUGCUCAAUAUGCUUUUGAGUGCUGUUUGGUUGGUGAUCUUGCUGUGGAGUGUCCAACACGUGAGCCCUGUCUGGACAUUCGAGUGUCCACUGGUCUGCCAGUGCACCGCGGAUACAAUCCGCUGCACGAGAGAAACACAGGAGAAAGCGCAAGCUCCAUCAAAAUUGAAUUUGAGAAUUGUACACCUGCCAUUGAGGGAAAUCCAAAGUGGUUCUUUCAAAGGGUUACUCAACGUAUCCAGAAUAGAAAUAUCUCAAAGUGACUCAGUCAGAAGGAUAAGACACCAGGCGUUUCUUUCACUAAAAACCCUUACAGAAAUUGCAAUACUGAACAUCAUCCAUCUUGUGGCCAUUGAGAAUGGAGCCUUCACUGACAUACCCAAACUACGAUACUUGAGUAUCUGUAACACAGGAAUAACUCAUUUCCCUGAUCUUUCCUCCAUUUCCUCAAUGGAGAUAAACUUUCUAGAGCUAGGAGAUAAUAUCAAGCUGGAGAGCAUCCCAUCCAAUGCUUUCAUAGGCGUAUCAGAGUACAAGUACAUGAAUCUUGUCAGAAAUGGAUUCAAGGAAAUUCAAUCUCACGCCUUCAACGGAACCAGACUGGAGAAACUGAUCUUGAAAGAUAACUGGUAUCUUCACACCAUUCAUGAUGAUGCCUUUGAAGGAGCAACUGGACCAAUAGUCCUUGACGUGUCCUCCACCUCUCUGACCUCACUCCCUGCACGCGGUCUGAAUCUCGUGAAGAUGCUGACGGCACGUUCUACGCCUUCGAUGAAGACUCUACCCCCUCUGGAGAACCUGCAGAACCUGCAGGAGGCCUUCCUCACCUACCCGAGCCACUGCUGCGCCUUCAACAGCUGGCGGCGGAACCACAGAGAUAAUCCCCUCAUAGCCCUCUUCAAUCUGACACGGCUCUGUGAUGAAGACGCAGGGACAGACAUGGAUCCUGCCACUGAGCUCAACGACAUCAGUUUCCACUACCCAGACCUGGAGCUGUGUGUGAGCAGCGCCCCCAUCACGUGCACCCCGGAGCCCGACGCCUUCAACCCGUGCGAGGACCUGCUGGGCUGCGGCUUCCUGCGCUCCAGCACCUGGGUCAUCACCGUGUUCGCGCUGUCGGGUAACUUGGCCGUGUUGUUCAUCCUGCUCUCCAGUCACCAGAAACUGACCGUCUCCCGCUUCCUGAUGUGCAACCUGGCCUUCGCCGACCUCUGCAUGGGCCUGUACCUGCUCCUCAUCGCCGCCAUGGACUACCGCUCGCGUCAGGAGUACUACAACCACGCCACCGACUGGCAGACGGGACCCGGGUGCCAUGUGGCCGGCUUCCUCACCGUCUUUGCGAGUGAGCUCUCCGUCUACACGCUCACGGUGAUCACCCUGGAACGUUGGCAUACCAUUACCCACGCCAUGGAGAUCGAGCGGAGGCUCAAGCUGCGGCACGUGGCGCUGAUGAUGGCGAUGGGUUGGGUGUUCUCCCUCAUGGUGGCGCUGCUGCCCGUACUGGGCGUGAGCAGCUACAGCAAAGUGAGCAUCUGCCUGCCCAUGGACAUCGAGACGCCAGCCGCUCAAGUCUACGUGGUGCUGGUGCUGCUUCUCAACAUGGUGGCCUUCCUGGGUGUGUGUGUGUGCUACAUUCGCAUCUACAUCAGCGUGCGCAACCCAGAGUUGGCCGGUCGCAGCGGGGACACCCGGAUCGCCAAGCGAAUGGCCGUGCUGAUCUUCACUGACUUCCUGUGCAUGGCGCCCAUCUGCUUCUUCGCCAUCUCGGCUGCGCUGCGAAUGCCCCUCAUCACCGUGUCCAACUCCAAGAUCCUGCUCGUCCUGUUCUACCCCAUCAACUCGCUGUGCAACCCCUUCCUGUACACCAUCUUCACCCGGGCCUUCCGUCGAGACAUUGGCCAGCUGCUGAGGCGCUGUGGCUGUUAUCAGGGCAAGGCCAGUCUCUCCCGUGCCAAGGGCUUCAGGCCACGCCCCCGCCCCAGUGCAGCCAAUAGCAAGACUCCCUCCAAGAAGCCGCAUUCUCUGCACUUUUAUACAUACCACAUCAAGAUGCAGGGCAGCCUCCUCAACAAGGGCUCAACAUGACCAAGCAUGGUGCCAAGAGUGACAAAGCUAAGAAGCUAAAGCCGUGGAUAAAAGCUACUGAAGUUUAUGCUUUUUUUAGGUUGGUGCUGUCUAUACAAUGUAUAUAGUAUUUUUUUUCUCUGUACAAUAUUUUUGUAAUACAAUAUUCAAAAAUGGCAUGUUUUGUAUAAUGUAAUAUGUACAUUCCAAUUGUUUCUAUACAUCUGUGGAUUCUUAAAUACAAACGUGUUAAGGUGAGCACAGGUUUGACUUUCUUAAAUCAUCAAGCCAUCACAUCAAAGCUCCCUCUUGCCAUUACAUCUCUGUUCCAUCCA